AAGGUAUAUAUAUUUAGACACCGUUGGAGACAGCCAUAGUCUCUACCGCAUCCUUCCACAAAACCCUUUCUUCCUUCCGCCGCCGCCGCGACCGGCUAAACCCUUCAUUUCGCCGCAGCGACGACCACCCGCCGCGGGCCAACUAUGGCGCCCGUUGCGGCUCCCAUACGCGACCUGCUUACCUCUUUCAGCCCCGGCGCGGACUUCCUCGCGCUCUCUUCUGGGGACGGCCGCAUCAAGGUAUGGGACGCCGUGCGGGGCCGGCUGCAGACCGAGUUUGCUGACAUCCCUGCAGUGGAGGCGGUCGCGGUCGCUGAGUCGAAGCGCGGCCACCUCGCCCUCGAUUACACCUGCAUGAAGUGGGUACAACUUUCCAGUAAGAAGAAGAGGAAGGCUGGGAGCUCAUUGAUUGUGCUUGGUACAGGCAGUGGAGAUGUGCUUGCACUUGAUGUUGCCGCGGGACAUUGGAAGUGGAAGGUCAGCGAUUGCCACCCUGGGGGUGUGACAGCUGUAGAAUACUCGAAACAUGGGCGGAAUGUGUACACGGCAGGUGCUGAUGGCAUGGUCUGUAGGAUUGAUGCCUCUAAUGGGGCUGUUGUUGGAAAAUUUAAAUCUUCUUCAAAGGCAAUAUCUGCAUUAGCUGUGUCAUCAGAUGGAAAUAUGUUGGCAACAGCAGCUGGCCAGUUGAGGACCUUUGACACUUCCAGCAACAAAAAAAUUAAAAAAUUCUCUGGACAUCCAGUUGCUGUGAGGAGCAUGGUCUUUAGCAAUGAUAGCCAAUAUGUUUUGUCAUCUGGAGUUGGUGAACGCUAUAUUGCCAUUUGGAAGCUGGGCAGUGGUAAAACCCAGAGCUCAAACUGUAUUCUGUCGAUGGAGCACCCAGCAAUGUUUGUGGACUGUAAAUGUUCAGACAAAGGAGAAAUACACAUUCUGGCUAUUUCUGAGAUUGGUGUCUGCUAUUUCUGGUCUGCAAAUGUUGUGGAUGACCUGCGUAAUAAGAAGCCCACCAAGAUCAUAUUAUCUGAGUCAUCUGUGUCAACAACUCAUCAAGCAUUAUCGAUAUUUGCUGCAAAACUUCAAGGAGUGGAUGGGCCUAAUUCUGCCCAUGUCCUACUGGCUUAUGGGUCUGUAGUGAAACCAUCUUUUGAUAAACUUUUGGUUUGUUAUGGUACAGAUAUUAGUUUGGGCAUUUCUCAAGAUGGAGUUCUCUUGCCAAAUACUCAAACCACCAUGGCAAAGAAAGGCCAAUCUGUGAAAAAGCAUGAAACUGUCAUUGCUCUAGACCGAGCCAAUGCUGAAGAUGCCAUCCUUCCUCUUCCAAAACUCCAUACACAGGAAAAGAAAAGGAAACAUGGUGUAACAAAACCCAGUGGCGAUGUUGAGCCUGAGAUUCAUAGUGACCUCACCACUACAAGAUCUAUUCAUAAAAGAGUUCCUGUGCAAAGAAUUGAAGAUGACAGCACAUGCAUCGAGGAUAUGAUGAGGGAGUGUGGCAUCAUUGAAACUAGAGUAGAUGAGAGCAUGAAGGGCCAUGCUGGUAUACCCUUUAACAUUUUGUCUUGUCUCUUUGGUGAUGGCAGCAUAAAAGUCGAUGCCAAUUUACCCAGUAAGAAGAUUCGAGGUCAUCUAAGAUCAUUAAAACCUGGAGAUGCUUGCAAACUUCUUGAUAAAUUAGUAUCUGCAUGGAAAACGAGAUCUGGUAGCACGGAACUUGUAUUGCGUUGGAUAUACUGCCUGUUAGUCAUUCAUGGCCGUUUUAUCUGCUCCGAGGAAUCGAUUAACAACCUGGAGAAGAUGUGUGCAGAAAGAUACACAGUUACUGAAGAUUUGCUGAAGCUUUCUGGGCGGCUUCGGUUAAUAACAGCACAGGUCGACAAGGCUGCUAGUAACAUGUCUGAGCCGACAUCAGGGGAGAUGCAGGAUGCUGCUUUCCAGUCUGACGAAGAGGAGGAAGAUGAAGAUGUUGAUGAAACAGUAUUCGGUCAAGAUUCAGAUUCGUCACAAAAUAGCGGCACCGACGACGAUGCAAAGUAGACUCACUGCUGGUAUUCAUCAUUAUGGUGAUUGUAUUGUUUUUAAUUAAAUUGCCAAGCUUGAUUUUUGUCAAGGCGACGUUGGAAGGUUGCACAGAAUUUUGACAGUGUCUCUGGUUUCAUUUUGAAAGCACUCGAAGUUGUCUCCUCCUUUACCCCUUUUUCCUUAUAUACGACGGCAAUUGGUUAAAGUUACAUA